AACUCCCAUUCAUAUAUGUAUAUAUUAAAUGACAGACCAGCGUCUUUUAUAGAUCACACCGCCGGUAGUCCUAGUGGACUUGUUGUGGAGCUGGUUGUUUCGUCUCCUACUCUUUCAGAUUCUACUUGGGUAGUCGUUGGUGACUCGUUGGGAGAGCUUUCACUUGAUGAUCAAUGUACUUGUAGUGGCUCUACCCAGUUACUACCCAGGAGUGAUGCCGAUGACACCACGACGGAGCUAGUCACCCACCCUUCCUUGACUCAGGUGGUCUCAGAUUGUUCUUCAGGGAGUUCUUCACCAGACGUUACCUCCCACCAGAGUGGUUGGCGAUCUGUAGCUUCUAUAGAGGACUCUCACCUUUCAGGUUUAGAGCUUUCAUGUUUCGAGUCAAGAUCUGUGUUUCGAGCUCAUCGCUCUUUUAGUCAGCGGUGGCUAAGAGGAGAGCAGUAUGCCGUUACUGCGCUACGAGUUUUACUACGGCGAGUAGACCUUAAUGCUUUACCAGACUUGUUUAGUUUUUAUAUGGAGGCCUGCUUACUUUUGGACUUUGCUGCCUCCUGUGGUCUACGAGAUAGCCUUUUGCAGAUGUGGGAACUUUCCUGUCACACUGUUGAGUUCGGGUUACUUCAGCUAGACUACGCUUCUCGAAGGUUGUCUAACAUAAUUCUUGCUGAUUUAGAGGCUGAGGCCCGAGCUACUUGGGAUAGGAUGAGGAGAGCUCGUUUUGAUCUAGAUUUUGGAUUACAAAAUUUGCAUCACUGUCAGUGGGACAUUUCUAGAGAGCAGAUGGUGCUUCUGGGUAUAGAAGCUGAGCUCAGAGCUUUGAAAUUGAGGGAGAGAGUUCUUCUAGAGAGACGUGAGGAGGUUAGAGCAGUGGCUAUCCAUACCGAGGAGGACUUUUCUUUGAUAGCUUACGAGGUUAAGCAUUUGGAGGAUAGAUUUUCAUUUUCCACUGAGGAGUUUGACUCGGCUCGUCGUCGGUUGGAGCUCGCAGAGGAGCAGCGAGCGAUGUUGCAGGAUCGUUUGUUCAGAGUUAGACAUCAGAUCAGCAACAUUCAAUUCAGACUUUGA